AUGGUCACAAUCGACAGGUCACCCAAGCAAGCACGCCGCACCCGCAGCAAGAAGAUCUUGAACGGUCAUAAUGCGCCAGUAUACGACCGUCCUCAUCGUUGUACAAUCGGAGCUUGCCAGAGAUCCUUCACGCGAGCCGAACAUCUGAAACGACACCAACUCAAUCACGAUUCGACACAUGCGUGGUCCUGCGACAGAUGCUCGGUUACAUUUGUGAGGAAAGAUCUCUGGAAUCGACAUCUCAGAGUUUCCCAUGGCGAGCGGUCUUUUAGUUCUCUGACCGACAGGCAAAGCGCAACCUCGACUGGAUCGGAAAGGCUUCGAGACGAGUCCAACAGCCCGAAUAGCACCAUCGAGGCAGAGGGCUACUUGGGAGACACGAACAGCGAGCCAGAUCCAGGAACUUCACGAGGACAGAUGGAUUCGUCUAUGCAUCGGGACAAUCUUCCCCUGGCACAGAAGAGAAACUCUCAGAUGCAAUCAAUCGAUGACCUCGACAUGAUGCUGGCCCCAUUUGAAGCGUCCUGGAUACCGGAUUUGGAAAACUGGCGAUCCGAGAUCCAUAGCAACAGAGGCUCCCGCCUCACCGACACGGACAUGGAUUGGUUCUUCCAGAAUCAGGACAUGUCAGCUCUCGAUGGAGAUCAGAUUUGGAACGAGGACGACUCCGGCCCAUCAGACAAUAUCUCAUUUGACUUACCGCAGGAGGCCCCCAGAAACAGCCCAGCAGAAGCUGCAAAAGUCAAAAGGCCGCCACCCGCCUAUCUGCAAGACCUACAGACCAAGAUUUACGUGGCCAAAUCCGGGCAACUGGAAGCCCCAACUUGUGGAUUUCGAAUCUGCAAUGCUCUCACGGAUGAGAGACGGAUUGAAUUGCUUAUGCAUGUGCGGAAUUUGGUAGAGGUCGAUCUAAACGAUCCUAUCUUUUCGUUGAAUAGCAUGAAGCAAGGGAUCCACCUCUUUUGCCGCAACGUGGCAAUCGAAUACCCAUUCGUACAUCCCGAGGUUUUGUGUCCUUCUUCAAAUCAAAGCCGACAUAUCAUGAAGCAAGUCUUUGGCGAGGAGCCCGGGCCGCAGCUGAUAUGGGCGGCAAUUACCCUUGGGUGGACGUUAAUGAGAAGUGACAACAAUCAUGAGUGGUACAUGGCAUCCAAGAUCCAACGCGUCAUCAGAGCUUCCAUCAUCAAUCACCCCGGUCUGGCCAAUAUUCCACCUCUGUGGCUUGUCCAAUCCUUGUUUCUGGUGCUUCUGUUUGCACGCUACCAAGGAACGCGCGAAGAGUACGGGUUUGCAUCCACGUUUCACGGAGUUCUACUGGAAGCUACGCGGCGCUUAGAUUAUCGAUCGGAUCGGAUGGGCAUACAGUCUGACGGCGUCAAAGAUUCCAUUGCGUCCCUGAGAGUGUGGAUCAUAUGGAUCAAGGCCGAAACCAUCCGAAGGUACUUUUUUGAGCUCCAGAUCCCGCUUAUUCUCCAGACGUUCAUCCUCGAUGUCAAGCACGCCAUUCUCUAUGGUGCAGAGACAUCCAUGACUCCAUUCGAGUUGAACCUAAAGCUUCCUUUCUGCGAGGAUGCCUUUUAUGCCACUAACCCCACAGAUUGGGCAAACAUCAUGAGUGUCCAGUCGGACGAGCCUGUGCCCUUCCUUCCCCGGUUGAAACGAUUCUGGAGUCUACAAUCCUCCAAGAUGUUGACCGAGGCUCUUCCCCGUGGCGGGGAUGUCAUAAUGUAUGGGCUAAUAUGGAUCGCUCGAGAGUUGGCGCGUCGAGAGGAUAACAGCCUUUCUAAUCGCUCUAGCAAUGCUCUCUUGUCCCUUGGCAAUACCGUCCGCCGCUCGUUUGAAAUCUGGGAAGUCGCCUGGAAACAGAUCCCCAUCAGCGAUGGCAUGAGAUCGUGGAACUGGCGCAACUGCAGCUGUGUUAUCCGACUCGCCCAUACCCUUUAUGAGAUAGGGCCUGUCGAUCUCCAGACCGUGGCUGGUAAAGAAAUCAUCGAGGGAAAGAGACGAGGCGCUGCAGACUAUGCUUGGUCCAAGCGAAAAUUACGCCAGUGGGUGAAACAUGAUCGGGCGGCACUGGGCUUACACUGUGAGUAUAUUACCUUUACAAUCAAGAUCACUCAACGGUUGUGGUCGCUGAAGCAAAGUAAAGCUGAUCAUUUAUCUACAGAUGCCGCUCUAGUGAUACGAGAACAUUUAAAUGGAGAAUCUGGUGGUACACAUUGCCAUCAUUGCCUCUGGUGUCUCUAUCUUGCGGCUCUGGUCUGUUGGAACUUUGGGUUCACCCUGACCAAAGCCACCACAGACUCGCAAGAUCUGAUCAAGGACGGCCAGGUGGUGGAGAUGGGGCGGGCCGAGAGGGAAUGCCAGGAGUAUCUUCAUGCAGCGGUCAACAUCCACCACGGCCACCGGCCCGAGCGGAUGCAGGCCCUGACCAGACCCACCGGUAUGAUGAUCGUGCUUAUCGGAUUCUUGAGAUCACGAUGCGAAACGGGGAUGAUUGAGGAAAGUAUCGAGCAUCUGACUAGACUUGCCGGCCUGUCGACGCCACUGCCAGUGGUUCAGACUCCAACUCCAACUGCUUGA